ACUUCGCAGAGUCCCGCGAGCUGCUUCUCCCCUUCCCACUCUUAUUGGUCCAGCCUAGCUGCCAUUCGGGAGCAAGGAGGAGAAGUUUCUUACUGAUUGGUGGGUUCCGUUUGGCGCCAACUAGGAAAGGGGGGCGGGGCAGCGGCGGUCUCCAGUAAGCAGCUAUUACCGCGAAAGGCCUUCUCUCCGCAGCGACAGCCCGGGGCAGGAGGUGAAAGUCGACUUGGUUCUUUGAGAUCCCGGGCUGGGCAAAGGUGUGAGAAAAAAGCUAAGAGAGUGUGAGCCCGGGCCGUUGCCUCUCGGCUCUCUCCCCUCCCGACCUGCCGCGUUUGUUUGGAUUUAAUCUUCAGGUUGCGGGCGCUCGCCCGCCCGCUGGCCUCGCGGGGUGAGAGGGAAGCACCCGUGUAUGUGGCUGGCGCCUGCCGGGUCCGGACACCCGCCGGUCGGUGCCGGCAGCCGCGUCUCUGAACCGCGGGGUCGUGUUUGUGUUUGACCCGCGGGCGUCCGCGGCGGGGCGCGCGGCUGAGGCCAGUGCCGGCGGGGCGGGGCGGGCGCGGCGGAGGCGGAGAAAGAGAGAGCGGGAGCCCUGGGAGGCCUGGCGCAGCCAUGGAACUGGGCCCGGAGCCCCCGCACCGCCGCCGCCUGCUCUUCGCCUGCAGCCCCCCUCCCACGCCGCAGCCCGUCGUGAAGUCGCUGUUUGGCGCUACAGCCGCCGGGGGCCUGUCGCCUGUCACCAACCUGACGGUCACCAUGGAUCAGUUGCAGGGGCUGGGCAGUGAGUAUGAACAGCCACUGGAGGUGAGAAACAACAGUUUGCAGAGAAUGGGCUCCUCUGAGUCAACGGAUUCAGGUUUCUGUCUGGAUUCUCCUGGGCCCUUGGACAGUAAAGAAAACCUUGAAAAUCCCAUGAGGAGAAUAAAUUCCCUACCUAAGCUCUUGGGGUGUAGCCCAGCUCUGAAGAGGAGCCAUUCUGAUUCUCUUGACCGUGAUGUCUUUCAGCUGAUGGACCAGGAUGAGAACAAGGAAAACGAAGCCUUUGAGUUUAAGAAGCCAAUAAGACCUGCAUCUCGUGGCUGCCUGCACCCUCAUGGACUUGAGGAGGGUAAAGAUCUCUUCACACAGAGGCAGAACUCGGCCCCAGCUCGGAUGUUUUCCUCAAAUGAAAGAGAUAGUAGCGAACCAGGGAAUUUCAUUCCUCUUUUUAUGCCCCAAUCACCUGUGACUGCCACUUUGUCUGAUGAGGAUGAUGGCUUCAUGGACCUUCUUGAUGGAGAGAAUCUGAAGAAUGAUGAAGAGACCUCGUCCUGCAUGGCAAGCCUCUGGACAGCUCCCCUUGUCAUGAGAAGAACUACCAACCUCGGCAAUCGAUGCAAGCUGUUUGACUCCUCUUCCCCAUGUAGCUCCACCAUGCGGUCAGUGUUGAAAAGAUCUGACCGAUCUCAAGAGGAGUCCCCGCCUGGAAACACGAAGCGGAGGAAGAGCAUGGCUUGGCCCAGUCCCGAAGAGGCAGCUAGUCCAGAGAAGCCCCAGGAGAUUCUACAUCAAUCUUCAUCCCUGGUAUCUUCCCCAAAAGGGACCAUUGAGAACAUUUUGGAUAAUGACCCAAGGGACCUUAUAGGAGACUUCUCCAAGGGUUAUCUCUUUCAUACAGUUGCUGGGAAACAUCAGGAUUUAAAAUACAUCUCUCCAGAAAUUAUGGCAUCUGUUUUGAAUGGCAAGUUUGCCAACCUCAUUAAAGAGUUUGUUAUCAUCGACUGCCGAUAUCCAUACGAAUAUGAGGGAGGUCACAUCAAGGGUGCAGUGAACUUGCACAUGGAAGAGGAGGUUGAAGACUUCUUACUCAAGAAGCCCAUCGUGCCCUCUGAUGGCAAGCGUGUCAUCGUGGUCUUCCACUGCGAGUUUUCUUCUGAACGAGGCCCUCGCAUGUGCCGCUACGUGAGAGAGAGAGAUCGGCUUGGUAACGAGUACCCCAGACUCCACUACCCUGAGCUGUAUGUCCUGAAGGGCGGAUACAAGGAGUUCUUCCUGAAAUGCCAGUCCCACUGUGAGCCCCCCAGCUACCGGCCCAUGCAUCAUGAGGACUUUAAAGAAGACCUGAAGAAGUUCCGCACCAAGAGCCGGACCUGGGCAGGGGAGAAGAGCAAGAGGGAGAUGUACAGCCGCCUGAAGAAGCUCUGAGGACAGCAGCAGCCCGCCCUCCCCCCUCCGCUCUGCUGCAGAGACACUGGAGUGAAGGGACCAGCUGUGUGACAUUUGGAGAGAGGGCCUGGGGCUUCCCGCCUUAAACCCACCUGCCACACUCCCAGGGGCGGAGCCCAGAGCAUCCUGCUGGCUACGCCUCUUCCGUCCCUGCACCAGGACAGUCUGCCAAGUCUGUCACAUGCCACAGCACACUUCCGAGCACCAAGAUGUUUUGGCAGCUCAUCCCACAGCUGGAGGAACCACCCAGGGCGUCCUUGCGCGCCAGCCCCUCAGGAGCGGGGCUGAGGGGUGGGUAGGAGAGUGGGAGUGGAGAGAAAUAACAGACGGACAUGCUGUUGGCCAAAUACCAAAGGCAGCCUGGGAAGAAGAUGGUCUUUGUGGGUUAACCCAUGUCUUUAAUUUAUUCAACCUCAUCAAUCACUUUAUUUUAUUAUUUUUUUUAACUCCUGGAGACUUAAUUUAACUGCUUCCUUGAUUCACAAUACUGCCAUUCUAGGUAGGAUUUCAUCAUCCCAAGGACUACCUCUGCUUUUAAUGAAAAAGGGAGAGUGGGGAGAAGAGGCAAACUUAAGUCGUGGACAGAACUAGGAGCUCUGUCACUCCCAGGAGGCGCUGUGGUACUGGGGCUGCUGCUACUUAAAGCCAAGGACUGAGGUACUGGUGGGAGCAGGCACUGGAUUCGGCCUUGGCUCCAGGACAUAAGCUAAACCUCCCAGACCUACCUUGAAGGCCACUGAGAUCUGUUUGGGGGGGGCGGGGGGUGACCCUGCUCUUUUUUGCCCCAGUUCUCUGUGAUGUUGGCUGGUAUAGGAGUCACAGGAAAGCACUUCUGGCAGCUUCCAUUGGGCCACCCCCAGGUCAGUGUUGGGACAUGGUAGCGUAGGUAUCCCAGACUAGAGGUGGCAAGCAUGGGUGGGCUCUGGGAUGGGGAAGGGGAGUAUACACUGAGUGUCUUCCUUCUAUUACUCUGAUACUCUGAUAGCUUGGAAUGUUCUAAAAAUAGUCAUUUUAUGAGUCAAGGAGUAUCAAAUCAGUGUUGGCUGGCCCAUCCAAGGGUGGGGAGAGGGGCUGGGAGCCCUGGGUGUGAAGAGAAGGGAGUGGGUCCUGGCAUAGAGAUAACUGUGGAAUGUGUUUCUCAGGAGGCAGCGUGGGGGAGUUGGAAGGUAAAACUCUGAGUUUAUCAUGUUUUAAUUUGAGGGACGGAGUGAUGCAUCAUCACCAGUUAGCUGCCUCCUCCUCUAACCCCAUGGAAGUAGGGGUCUCAGAGGAACACCUCCCAUCCGGGGAGCUGGGCUGACUUGAUUGGUUGUGGACAGGAAUGUUAGCUUCCUGCUCAUCCCCACCAUCAGGCGCUGGCCUCCUUUGCUCCAUUGGGGUGUAGCCAAGUUUGUCUUCUACGGAGAGUCAGUCUCCCCGCUUGCCUUGGCUUCCUAUUCUGGGGAUGGGGAGGGAACCAGUGAUACUGGAGAUGACUGGUUGCCAUGUUAAUGGGUUUGAGUUGCAUUUGGCUAUAAAACAAUCUUGUUAGAAAAAGUAUGUGGGGAGUAGGGGAACGGAAGGGUAGAGGGAGACCUUUCCCCACACUGAGACACAUCUCAGUUGAUCUCUAAUCUUGUUUGUAGGGAUUCUGUUGAAUCCCUGAAAAGGGAGGUGGGAUGGCCUCAGAUUGUACCAGCUUAGCUAGUAUUGCUAACUGUUGCAGGCUCUGAAAAUAAAAACAAUC